CGUAUCGCAACAGAAGACACUUGGACAGGAGAAAACAGACCUGGAGAAAACAGAUAUUUCUGUCGCCUCAGACAAUCAAAUAUACCCGUCCCGAGAAGGAAUAUAGCGAUUACAAACGGAUGGAAAUCGAGGAUGAAUGGAAAUCAGCACAAUCUUUAAUACUAAAACGCGUCCCAUCACGUGGUCAAACCUGACCAAUCGGAAUGAGCACAGUUCAAUCUUCUUUGUUCGGAUAAUUUACCAUUUUGUUCCUCAAAUAUGGACUCGAUGUCGUAUGCAUAUUGAAAAUGUGGAUAUAGACGUGGCGCUCUGAGACGAAGGAUGAAUCGUGGAUAUAUUAUGUGGCUCUUUUUGAGAAAUGCCACGUGUUCAAGUUUCAUUACAUAGCACUCAGGCUUUUUUGGUCACGUGACUCCCCUCCCCCAUGCAGUUCAGGCUUUUUUGGUCACGUGACUCCCCUCCCCCAUCAGCUCCGGGAAGAAGGCGGACAUGUUUGAGGGAAAUGUGCUGCUUAAAAAGUACCGAGCUGGAAGACCAGAAGAAUAUUGGAAGAAAGGUUUUCGCAUUACUGAAGGGAUUUACACGUGGAAAUUUGAAUCUAUUUUAAAUUUCAGGACUUUGAUGUCUAACUUUUUUUUUUUUUUUUUUACUUGUCUUUGUUUUGGAUAAUUUAAUUUUCUUAUGGAGUCAUUUUGAUUUAACUGUGUGUUAAUAACGCACAAUUAUAAACAUUGUAGUAGUUAAAAAAAAACAUUGUGUUGUUGAUUAGGUCAUUUCUUGUUAUUUUUGAGUGACAUUGUAGGCAUUUGUAACCUUGGUGUGGGGGAUGGGCUCAAGUGAUUAGGUAACUGCUCUAUACCUUUAGUUUUUCAGCUUUUUCCCUCUUCUUUUAUACGAUUUUGCGUUUUUAUUUAAUUCAGAGAAUAUUUCUGUGCGAUGUCUUUAGUGUGUGGUUUUUAAAAACCAUUGUAAGGUCAGGCAUUGUAUAAUUAUCUUUCACUGUUAGAAAAUAUAAGUCUUAGCUGCUGUAAUCUGCAUUUAAUGGUGUAAUUUCUUAUCAUUUUGAAUGGUUCUUAGAGGGCUUUUAAUGUAAGCUGAGAACAGUUAAGGAAAGUGCUGUGUCAUUCAGGGGAUGGUAAGCUGGUGUGAGUAUAACAUUUUGGACUUGUGUUGUGUUGUCAGUGUUUAUGACGGUUCUAUCUUAAACCAUUCGAUUCAACGCUUGAUUCUAAUCUAUUAUAUGAAGCCCAGACUGGAACUGGUUCACCACUGAGGGUCAUGGAGGCCUUGUAGUCCUUGGUGUUGUAAAAACGUAGUCUUAACCAUUUUGCAGAUUAUUUUAUUGUUAUAUAGUUUCUGUAAACUGAAAAUGGCUCGUUUUGCAUGUUUUGCUCCUCGUUUGGUCUAUUUGUGGCUGAAAUGUGGAUGCAACGCAGAUGUGUCUCAUUUCUCCAAGAUGGCGGCCGUGGCGCUUUUCUAGAAGAAAGAAAUGCGGAUGUGCUUAGCGGGGGAGAGGCGAUUUUCAUGGCCGCGCGUAAGGACCAAUCAUCUUCUUGGUAUUCAGAGUGGAAGCCCGCGUUACAACCGUUUCGACCAACCGCCUUCGCCGCCUUGCACACGUUGACGUAAUAUAAUAUGAUACAGGGAAGGGUGGCUUCUAUUCUCUCCCUCGUUGUGACGUGUUUCACGUCGCAGCCAAUCACAGGCGGCCCAUCUGUUAUGGCGACUCCUCCCGACCAAUGGCAUUGCGCGGUCUCCUUGACUGACAGAUUAAAGGGGCGAGUAGGUUGUCUUUGAAGGUUGUUUGCGGAGCUUCGGCAUUCAGUGGGCGUGGCGAGUUUGACAGACAUCCGCGACAGCCAAUCAAAACCAAGUGGGCGGGGACACACCGGGGUCGUCCACCCAAUGAGGCGGACGGUAGGUCUAUAAAAGAACGGGUGUCGGCUCUCGGUCGCCAUUUCAACGAAGUAGCGUGAGAGAUCCUUUCUGUGGCGGGAGCGAGGACACUGACGACCGGACACGGAUCCUGGUUCUGAGUGUCGCUAAAAACAGAAUCCGGAUCCAUCCUCAUGGAUAUGGCUGUCAACCCGCCUCUUGACAGGUAUCUACCGGUAAAAUUGACUCUCAGCUUCUCUCAUCUUGGGCUUGAGGUUGGCUUUAUGGGUGUCACGAUGGACCAGAGCACAGCUGGAAAGCGCAUCCGAAAACCCUCACUGCUCUAUGAAGACUUUGAAAGUUCUGCCAUCCCCCCUCUCACUCAGAUCGUCCCAUCGGGACCCCCGCAGCCGCCAGUGAAAGACCCCAACCGACACGGAAGGAUGACCAACCAACUUCAGUUCCUACAGAAAAUUGUGUUCAAGUCUUUGUGGAGGCACCACUUUGCUUGGCCUUUCCAUGAACCCGUGGAUGCUGUCAAGCUCAGCCUGCCUGACUAUCAUAAAAUCAUAAAACAGCCUAUGGAUAUGGGCACUAUUAAGAAGAGAUUAGAGAAUAAUUACUACCGCAGUGCCAGUGAGUGCAUGCAGGACUUCAACACAAUGUUUACCAACUGCUACAUUUAUAACAAGCCAACUGAUGACAUAGUACUGAUGGCUCAGUCUCUGGAGAAGGCGUUCCUGCAGAAAGUGGCUCAGAUGCCUCAAGACGAGUUGGAGCUUCCACCCCCGCCUCCACGAAGCAAGCAAGCAAAGUCUGCAAAAAAAGGAAAAAAUAAUGCAGUCUCAGGAGGAGUGACAACAGCUCAUCAAGUCCCAGCUGUCUCCCAGUCGGUGUACUCUCCCCCCACUCCGGAAACACCCGACUCUGUUCUCUCCACCCCCCCACAGACUAUUUUGGCCAAGUGUGUUACUCCCACCCUUUCAAGUGACCAGGGCAUCCCUGGACUCACAGGCAUGCCCCACACUCAGCCUACAGCUAAGAAAAAAGGUGUGAAGCGGAAAGCUGACACAACCACUCCGACCACUGUAGCCAUGCCCAUUGUGAGCACCAUGGGUGUGAGCGGGAUCGGCCUGGGGAUGGUGGGAGGACACGACUCUCCGCUCACGCUCACCUCCCUGGGGGUGGACCACAACGCCAGUCUGGUUCUGAACCAAGCCCUCAGCCACGGCAUGGGCAUGGGCAUGGGCGGAGGAGCCAUGAUGAUGGGCACCAACGCAGCAGCGGCGAACCGGAGAGGAGUGAGCGGACGACCCAUCAAGCCCCCGAAGAAAGACUUGCCUGACUCCAUUCUGCCCACGCCGGUCCGCCGGAGCAAGCUCAGCCCCCAGCUGCGUUACUGCAGCGGGGUCCUGAAGGACCUGCUGUCCAAGAAGCACGCAGCGUACGCCUGGCCCUUUUACAAGCCCGUGGAUGCCAUGUCCCUCGGCCUUCACGACUACCACGACAUCAUCAAGCAGCCCAUGGACCUCAGCACCAUCAAGCGGAAGAUGGACGGCAGGGAGUACUGUGACGCACAUCUGUUUUCUGCUGACGUCAGACUAAUGUUCUCCAACUGCUACAAGUACAACCCCCCCGAUCACGAUGUGGUUGCCAUGGCCAGAAAACUCCAGGACGUCUUUGAGUUCUGCUUCGCUAAAAUGCCAGAUGAGACCCCGGCACCACCAAGCUCCUCCUCUUCCUCCUCCUCCUCUUCGUCCUCGUCCGAGAGCGAGCUCAGCAGCGAGAGCGAAGAGAGCGAAAGCAGCCCGAGCUCGGACUCUGAGGAGGAGCGGGCGAACCGACUGGCAGAGCUGCAGGAGCAGCUCAAAGCUGUGCAUGAGCAGCUCACUGCUCUGUCCCAGGGUCCCAUAGUUAAACCCAAAAAAAAGAAAGAGAAGAAGGACAAGAAAAAGAAGAAAAAAGUAGAAAAAGAGAAGCAUCGGAGGAUAGAGGAGGACUUGAUGCCUAUCAAACCACCCAAGACUCCCAAAAUGUCCAAACCCCCAAAACCCAAGAACAACCGACCAGUGAACUGUCCCACCAUGCCGGUUAAAAAGGCCCAGAACAAGAAAAACAAUAAGAGCAAGUCCAAAAAGGCUGCCAUGAUGUUCAACAUGCCCCAGCCGAUGCACGAUCCCAUCGUGGGCCAUUUCGACUCGGAUGAAGAGGAGGACACGGCGCCAAUGUCGUACGACGAGAAGCGCCAGCUCAGCCUGGACAUCAACAAGCUGCCCGGCGAGAAGCUGGGCCGCGUCGUGUACAUCAUCCAAUCCCGCGAGCCUUCGUUGCGAGAUACAAACCCCGAGGAGAUUGAGAUCGACUUCGAGACGUUGAAGCCGUCGACUCUGAGGGAGCUGGAGAGAUACGUCAUGACAUGUUUGAGGAAGAAACCGCGAAAACCAUACGCGAUGAGUAAAAAGAACAGCGCCGGCAAGUCGCGGGAAGAGCUCGCUCUGGAAAAGCAGCUGGAGUUGGAGAGAAGACUGAUGGAUGUCAGUGGUCAGCUGAACUCUGGGAAGAAGCCUCCAAAGAACAAACCUGAGAAACCUGCAUCAGAGAUCCACACCCAACCCUCGCGUCUCAGCGCCAGCAGCUCCUCUUCGGACUCCUCUUCAUCAUCCUCCUCGUCGUCCUCCUCGGACACGAGCGAGUCCGACUCUGGCUGAGAAGCGACCGGUUUUCCCACGUAGAAGAGUUCUUGUGUCCCUGGGUGUUGUUCUCCCCCCAGGUUGGAGCGAACUGUUGCACAGCUGCUGCUGGUGGAGCUGCUGGACGGAUCAGACGUGACCAGCAGAACCGGCCCGACACGUGUCGUCAAAGCAAGAAAGAGAGAUGGGGGUGCCCUCUCUGCGCUCAGCUUGUUCAUCCAGUCCCGUAGAAAGCAGCGGAGGGACGUGAUGGAGCAGACCGCCGACGGCAUCGCGUUGCCGUCGGUGGGCGGAGCGAGGGAAGCUCCAUCUCAUGCAAAUAAAGAUUGAUGCAUAUGUUGGAGGGUUAAGGGUGCUAGUGCCAGAAUCUGUCAUUUCUGGAGAUUUUUUCCCUUCUUACCAUGCUUUCUGUCUUUAUGCUGUAUAGAUUGUACAGUUGUAUAAAAAUCUAUUUUUUCUUUUAUAAAGAAGCAUUUUAUGGCCCUUAUUUAUUCCCUCAUUCUGGGAAAGAUUGAACUGGCGUGGGCAGAGUUGUGUGUUUAGUUUUUUUUCGAAGUCACGUUGAGGGGAGGUUUGUUUUGUAUGUACGAAUGUAUUAGUAUGAAUGUGUCGCGUAUGUGUCUGCAUGCGUGAGAUCCGGCACCACAAGUGCGUCCUUGUAAAGUUCCUCAUAGUUUUGAUGCAGACGCUGAGAAUCGCUCUGCACGCAGAAGCACCUUGUUUGGGUAGAAAACAGAAUGCAUGCAAUACAGAGGAGCUGACGGACAUGUUCCCUUCACUGCAUCCUCGUGUCCUCGUGGGCUUGUUGGAAAGGCUCGGCCGCUGUACAGAGACGUCAUCGUUACCGUUUCUACGUAGCUAUUUCUGUUUUCAUGUUGGCAGUUUUUGUUUUUUUCCAUCCAUUACAUGUUCUCUGUAAACAUGUUGCUUUUGUUUUCUUUCCUUUUUUUUUUAAACUUCUUUGACCAAUCUGCUAAUAAAUUAUGAGGACGUGUCUUGUCCAGUUGCCUGUGCCCAACUAACAUCUCGGUUCUUUUGGUUUCUUUAUAAAAUGUCUGAGUUACAAGAAAAUUGUUUCAUGUUUUUUUUAAUGUUUGAGUCAAACAUGAAGUAGUUUGGUUUUUAACUAGUCUAAAGUUAAACUGCUUUGUCUUGGAAAAAAGAAUUGGAGGCCUUUGACAUCUGUGGCAGCUGAAAGUUUUAGUUUUUUCCUUAGGUUUUAAGUUUACGUAUGUGUGUAAUUCACAUUGGUAAGAACAGGUUUGACGUUAUCAGCUGGGAGGCGUUUCUCUCCCGUUGCCACCGUCUUAAAGGUGGAAACACCGAAGUGGCAAUGGCUCGUAAAAUUUUGGCAUUCAGUUGAUGGUUUAAUGCAAUAAUGAUGCACUGAUUUGUUUUAGAGGGACUACUAAAAAACUUACAGAUUUUAGCUUUGUUUUCUUGUUUUUGAUAUCAGCUGUGGGAUGAGUUUUAGAGCUACAAAUUAUUUAUUUAGAAGGACAUUUGAAAUAUCUUGUUUCAUGACAUUAAAAGUACAAAGGUAUGUAAUCAGUCUAUGAAAUAUGCACAGAUAAAAUGUCGGGACUGUGGAGUUCGUUUUUUCACGAUUUCAGUCUGCUUUCAUUACAAUCUGGGUUAUUUUUUUCCCUUCACAGUUGGUCUUACUCCUUCGUCAGAUAUCUAAAUGCCUCUGUGCUGGUUUCAUCUGAACAUCUGUACAUAAAUAAAGUGAGACAUGUUCAUCUUUGA